AUGUCGACAACAAGCAGCACCGACUCAAACAUGUCGUCGUCGCGCCUGGAAAUCGUCUCCGCAACACCCAGCUGCAAGACGCAGCGCGAAAGCGUCGAGAUUGCACCGGGGAACUUCUCCAAGCCGCGCGUUAAUAAACGCAGUCGUCGGGAUACGCAGGAUAGCUCUCGCAGUGAGGGUGAUAAGGAAUUCAAGUACUAUGGCCGCCAUGCGAAUCAGUGGUUGUUCAACGACUUUAGCGUUACACAUGCUGUGUCCAAGGGGUUUAAGAGAUUCUUUGGCAAGGAUAAUGGGGGAGAUUGGUAUGAGAAUCGGGAGAGGUAG